AUGUCUGCUCCAGGUCUGACAGAGAAGCUCGACAAGAUUCGGUCGCCGAAUCUGCAGAGUCAACAGCAGACAUCGGUCAUCUUGCAGGCAGUCGAGGCAACCCUCAAGGAACAAAAGUCCGAGCCGACCCCCACAGCAUACUUUGCUGCCUUGUUGGCGCUUCUCGACAAGACAUCCUCCUCUGGACAGUCCAAGAAAGACCUGACGAUCGCCAUCGUAUACCUCCUGGACGUCGUCACCCCCUUCGCGCCACAGCCCCUCCUCCGUGCCCGAUUUACUCAAAUUCUUCAGCUUCUCGCCCCCGUCAUUUCACAACCAGAGGCCGAUGCGCCGCUUCUUCGACCAUCGAUAGGAUGUCUCGAGUCUCUUCUUCUCGCACAGAACUCAGCAUCGUGGGGCCUGUCCGUCACGCAGAUGGGCCCUCGGAGUGCCGUGUCUGGCCUGCUGAACCUGUCCCUGGACCCCCGGCCUAAGGUUCGCAAGCGAGCCCAGGAGGCCCUCAAGAAAGUUUUGAAGAACCCUCCACCGACGCCUUCGCUCGAUCACCCCGCUGCAGACAUGUGCGCCGAGGCGGCAAUGGCAAGCCUGACAGAAUUGGCAGAGAAUGCAACCCAGUCACGAAAGGAAAAGCGCUCCACUGAUCCUGUUCACGACCCGAACAUGAUGCACGCGCUCCAACUCAUCAAGGCAGUUGCUGCAGGCAGCGGUGGGUGGCCGAGCAAGAAGAUAGAGUCGCUCUGCGAGCUGCUCAUCAGCAUAGCGAGGACCGGAAACGAGCACAUGACGAUGGCCAUCUUUGAAAUAUUUGAGAUGAUCUUUGAGGGCAUGGUAGCAGAUGAGGUGGCCUCUGCGAAGCUGCCAAGACUGCUCGAGAUCAUUUCGGACCUGCGCCCAGCUUCCAACGACACGCAGCUCCUCCCAGCGUGGAUAGCCAUUCUCUCGAGGGGUUACGAUGUCUCCGCCCAAGUGGAGCCAGAGGAUACUUUUAUGAAGCUGCCAGAACUCUUUGAAAUGGUGUCCCAGUUCCUCGAAUCUCCCUCAGAGAACAUCCGUGUUUCGUCAUCCGAGUGUCUCGUCUCGUUCCUGGCAAACUGCAUACCUAAUCAGGUCAUACUUGAGCCCUCGAUCUAUGAUGAAAAGACACUGGAAAAGAUUGUCAAGGUAGUGGAGGGUCUGUUCAGCGUCAAGUACCAGGGUGCUUGGAUGGAGACAUUCACUGUCGUGGGAGCCAUGUUUGAUUGCCUGCGAUGGAGGGCACAUCCCUACCUCCUGAAUGUAACGAAGACGAUCGGUGACAUGCGAGGCAGCGACGCCUUCGCCAGCAAGGACAAAGCGGAUGAGGUGCUCGGCAAGGCGGUCAGGGCGAUGGGUCCAGAGGCGGUUCUCGGCGUUCUGCCGCUGAAUGUCGUCCUGCCUACCAAAGACAAACCCGGCAGAGCCUGGAUGGUGACGUUGCUCAGAGACUACACCGCAAACACAAAUCUUGCACACUUCAGGUCAGAGCUUGUGCCGUUGAGCGAGCUGUUUUUCCAAAGAGUAUUGGACCACAGCGGCCCGAAGACGAUGCAGGUCAAGGUCUGGGAGGUCCUAGUACACCAGGUCUGGUCGAUUCUCCCUGGGUACUGCGACUUGCCGCUCGACCUCCGAGACGCGUUUGAUCAGUCCUUUGCGGAGAUGCUUGCCAAUCUCCUCUAUCAGCAAGUCGAACUCCGCCUCAGCAUCUGCAAGGCGCUGCAGGCGUUGGUCGAAUCCAACCGGGCCAUCGCAUCCAUCGAGGAGGAAGACGACCUUAUUCUGCAGAGCCGCGUGACCAAGGCUGAAGCACAGAAGAACCUUGAGUAUCUGGGAGGCUUUGCCGGGAACUUUCUGGCUGUGUUGUUCAACGUCUACGGGCAAACUCUGCCGCAUUCACGCGGAUCCAUCCUACAGACCAUCAACGCCUACCUGAGCAUCACGCCCUCUGGUGAGCUCAAGGACACCUUCGACCGUGUCUGCAAGAUGUUGGCAUCUGCCCUCGAGGAGGCGCCUGCGGAUAGCAACAAGGACGCCAAAAAGAGUGGGAGCGACAAGAUGCCCUCCACCACACAUACCCUCAUGGACCUGGUGAUCACCAUGUCCAUCUAUCUGCCAAGGGAGAGUUUCGCCGCACUUUUUGAGAUUGCCACGUUGGUGAUCUUCAAAGGCGAUGAUGCGCAGCUGCAAAAGAAGGCCUACAAGAUGAUUCCUCGCCUGGCCGAGUCCGAGACAGGCAAGGUUGCCCUUCAAGAGCGCCAAUCUGCGCUGCAGGCCUUGAUCCUGUCAAGCGCUGAUAAAUGCUCGGCGCCAGCCCGUCGGGAGCGCAUGGCUGCAAUAGCCGCCAUGGUCCCUUUCAUCCCCGAUGAUUCACUGCACUUCAUUCCCUCCAUUCUGUCCGAGGUGGUCAUUGGCUGUAAAGAGCAGAACGAGCGUGCGAGAUCAACAGCCUUCGAGCUCCUGGUGCUCCUCGGCCAGAAGAUGGUAUCCGCCAACGGUGCCACGAUCGACAACAGCAAGGUGCCGCGCAUGCCCAAAGAUGCUCCGUCAGUGGCCGCUAAUAUCGAAGAAUUCUUCACAAUGGUCAGUGCAGGUCUCGCCGGUGGCACACCCCAUAUGAUCUCCGCGACAAUCACAGCCAUCAGUCGAAUCCUGUACGAGUUCCGCGAGUCACUGAGCACAGAGACGCUCUCCGAGCUGGUACAGACUAUGGACCUGUUCUUGACGUCGAACAACCGUGAGAUUGUCAAGAGCGUGCUGGGCUUCGUCAAGGUUGUGAUCAUCAGCCUGCCGCGGGAACUCGUGGAGCCACGGCUGGAAAGUAUGAUUCCAAACCUCAUGGUAUGGAGCCAUGAGCACAAGGGCCACUUCCGCGCUAAGGUCAAGCACAUCAUCGAACGGUUGGUGCGACGAUUCGGCGUCGAGAUUGUCAACAAGCACUGUCCCGAGGAGGACCGCAAGCUCGUUAACAACAUCCGCAAGUCUAAGGAGCGUAGCAAGAGAAAGAAGGACGCCGCCAAGGAAGCUGGCGAGGAAAGCGACGACGAGGAGUCCCGGAAGGGCAAGCGUGCAUUUGAUAACGAGUUCGAUAAGGCGCUAUACAGCAGCAGCGAGGACGAAGGCUCCGCAUCGGAGGAGGACGACGAUCCAACCCCCCGCGGUAAGAAGACGAAGAAGGGUCGUGCUUACAUCGUCGAAGACGAGGAUGAGCCGCUCGACCUGCUCGACCGACGUGCGCUGGCAAACAUCUCCUCGACGAAGCCCGUCAAGCUUCGCGCGCAGCAGAAGACCAAGGCCAAGGUCGACCUGGACGGAAAGCUUAUCCUUGGCGAGGAGAAGGCCGCCGGCGGCGCGGAUGAGAUGGACGUGGAUGGUGGCAGUGCUGCAGCAGCGGGCGAGAGUGGCGUCAAUGCCUAUGUCGCGGCGCUCAAGGGCAAGGAUGUGCCCAAGAAGGGCCUACGUGGCAAGCUCAAGUGGUCGAACAAGAGGGGCAAGGGUGAUGAUGACGACGACGACGAUGGCGAGAUGGAUGUCGACGAGGAGAGCACGGCUGCCAUCAAGGCGAAGGUGGGCAAGGGGGCGCAGAAGCCCAGAGGCGGUGCUCAUGGCGGUGGUGGAAAGAGGUCCGGGAAGGGCAUUGCUGCUGGCCGGAGGGGUCUGGGAGAGGACAAGCGCAGAGGUCCGGCUAUGCAGGGCAGGGUGAUGAAGAAGGGAGGCAGAAGGUAG